GAGCUUGUCACCGAUCUGAAUGGGGACCUUAGUGGUCACUUCCGCGAUCUUUGCGUCCUUCUAACCGAGGCACCGAUGUAUCUGAUGGCAAAAUCCCUCUACUACGCCAUGAAGGGCUGUGGCACCAACGAAAACACCAUCAUUGAGAUCAUCGUCGGCUGCACUAGCGAUGAAUUGAAGAAGGUCAAGGAGGCCUACAACUUUGUUCUCCGGGACAAAGGCAUCAAAGAUCCGAGCCGUUCGCUGGAGAGCGACAUUCGCGCCGAGACCAAGGGCUACUUUGGCAAGGCUCUUCUUAAGAUCCUGCAGGCCGACACAAAAGAACCAUCGGCCCAACAACUGGAGAACCUGAAGCGCCAAGGCCCGGACGCAAUAGUGAAUAAGAUAGAAGUGCAAGAUGUUGUUAGUAAACUCACCAAGCUUGAGGCUAAAAAGGCUGGCGCCAAUGAUAAAAUCCUUAUGGAUCUUCUGACAAACAAGAAUAUCUGGGACCUGGCUGCCAUCGCCAAAGGCUACGAAAAGGCCGCUGGGAAAACCCUGUCGAAAUUCAUUGAAGAACAGGCUGAUGGAGACUUCGAAGCUCUUCUCCAGGCCAUGAUUCAACACGCUAUCAACCGCCCGAAGUUCUACUCUGAGCUGCUCUUCAAAUCCAUGGACGGAAGCGGCACUCGGGACUUCCUUCUCAUGCGCAUUAUGAUCCUCAGAUCCGAAAUCGAUCUUGGGAACAUCAAGGAGCAAUUUGAUUACGACCACAAGUCCCUGGAGGAGUGGAUUAAGGGUGACACAAGCGGAUACUACGAGAGGCUGCUUCUCACCAUUCUGGGUGUAGCGAAAAAUUAG